AUGAAACAUAAAAAGCACGUCCAAGGCAAACGAAAGCCUUCACAUCCACUAAAACCUCACCAUUCCUCCAAAGUCGCAAAAUCUUCAUCCAAAAAUGGACCGAAACCAAAAUCUUCGUCAGCGACUUACUCCCAUCGUCCGAUAGUCCCAUUCUCACCAACUUCCUCCCUCCUCUUAAUCGGCGAAGGCGACUUCUCGUUCACAAACUCCCUAAUAACCUCCACUUCACCGCAUAUAUCCCCUUCAACAGUCAUAACCACCACCACAAAUGACACCGAAUCCGUAACAUACGAAAAAUACCCAUACUCCGAACAGACAAUCCAAACUCUAAAAUCCUUAGAUCAUAAAACCCACUUCUCGAUAGAUAUCACAAAGAAACUUCCAAAGUCCUUAUUAACAAAUAAAUAUGACUGUAUAAUCUUCAAUUUCCCUCACGUCGGCGGCCUAUCUACCCAUCUUGAUCGUCAAAUCCGUUCAAACCAAGAACUCAUUCUCGCAUUUUUCAAAAGUUGCAUUCCAUUGCUAUCGGUAGAUGGGGGUAUGGAUGAUGGAUCGGGGAAUAUAGUUAUCACUUUGUUUACGGGGAAACCAUAUGAUGAUUGGAAUCUCAAGGAGUUGGCUAAAAGUGUGGGCUUGGAGUGUAUCAGGAGCUUUAAGUUCGAUGCUAAGAUCUACGAGGGCUAUAAACAUGUGAGGACUAUUGGGUUUCGCGAAAGAGAAGGGGAUUGGAAGGGAGAGGAGAGAGGAGCUAGAAGUUUUAUUUUUGGGCUUAAAAAUGUUGGAAGGAGGGGGAAGAAAGGCGGAAUUCCUAAUAAGAAGGAAGGAGGAGAGAACAAAGGCGGCAAUAAUGGUGGAAAGAAAGGGAAGGGUAAGGAUAGUGACAACGACGACGACGACUAUGAUGAUUGA